AUGGGCAACUGUGUGAAGUCUCCACUGAGAAACCUCUCGAAAAAGAUUCGUCAUGAGGAGAAGACCUGCUAUAAGGCUGUUCAGACGAGUGAAGAGGGGCCGUCAGCCUGCGAGUACCAAGGUCCACUCAUGAUGCUGGCCCAGAACUGCGCCGUCAUGCACAACCUGCUGGGGCCAGCAUGCAUCUUCCUGAGGAAGGGCUUCGCAGAAAACAGGCAGCCUGACAGAGAACUGCGACCAGAAGAAAUUGAAGAGUUAAGAGAAGCCUUCAAGGAGUUUGAUAAAGACAAGGAUGGGUUUAUCAACUGCAGGGACCUGGGGAACUGCAUGCGGACCAUGGGCUACAUGCCUACCGAGAUGGAGCUCAUAGAGCUAUCCCAGCAGAUCAACAUGAAUUUGGGCGGCCAUGUGGAUUUUGAAGAUUUUGUGGAGCUGAUGGGACCAAAGCUUUUGGCAGAAACUGCAGAUAUGAUUGGUGUAAAGGAGCUACGUGAUGCCUUCAGAGAGUUUGACACCAAUGGGGAUGGAGAGAUCAGCACCAGUGAGCUGCGGGAGGCCAUGAAGAAGCUUCUGGGGCAGCAGGUGGGCCAUCGGGAUAUUGAAGAGAUCAUCCGAGAUGUGGACCUGAACGGAGAUGGGCACGUGGAUUUUGAAGAGUUUGUUAGGAUGAUGUCCCGUUGAAGAUUACACUCAUCUGAAGAGGAACCAGCACCUCAGUGAGGGCAGAAGAGACCUGAGUGGAGCAUCUAGCCCUGAUGUUCCCAUGCAAAGGUUUAUAGGCUGGAUGCAUUUGUGACAGUGCGAGAUG